UUCCUUAAAAAUACUGUAGAAGGAAGAUAGCGACGAACACACAUCGUAUGAGUGUUUGUAGGUAGAGAGAAAACGGCAUCCACUUCGAACAACCGUUUUUUGACGUGAUUUAUAUGGUUUUACAUUACUGAAACAAGAUACUAACAUCGUAGAGUACGCCCAACUUACCACACGUGAUAAUAAACCGUGAGAAUGUGGAGAGAAAAGAACGGGAAACAGAUUAGGUUUUUUAAGCGUAAUUGGUAGACUGCGUCCUGGUUUCAAGCAAACAUCUGUAAAAUGGUUUAUAAUCGUUUCCUUAUUGGAGUCGUAUUGAUACAGGGUUUUCUCUGUGUCCGGUGCAUUACAAAAGUUGAAAUCAAAUUUGUCAGUUAUCGAAACCCGACAAGUGUAGACUUCAAUGGUGAUUGCUGCGAUGGUUGGUGGUACUGUAGUAAAUGCGACAAUCGAUUCUACUUCUGCCUUGAUACGCCUGGGAGUUCGACACACUCAGAUUUUGACCAAUGUCCCUUAGGUAGUAUUAAUAUGGGUGAGGUUUACGCGAACGAUGACGAUUUUACAUUUCCUGUGGGUGCCGGGGCAGCUGGAGGAAUCGACAAUCCGUAUAUAUUCACCAUGAUGACGUUUACGAAUGGAAUUCGUAUCAAAGGAAUUGUGCACGACAACGACCAUGGUAGGGAUGACAAGAUAGAUGAAUAUAAACAAAAUAUAUCUUUUACGCCUGCUCGUACGUCAUCACAAUCAAACUGGACAUCCGUAACAAUCACAGGAAGACGGUCGAGCCUAGACAUCCAGGUCAGAGGUUACUGUACUACCUAUUACUAUGGAAAUACGUGCAACGUCUUUUGUCGAGCUCGUGACGACACUACCGGUCAUUAUUCCUGCAGCAGUUCUGGAGGAAAAAUAUGUCUGUCAGGUUGGCAGGGAACCAGUUGUAAUCAAGACGUGAAUGAGUGUCUAUUCUCUCCCUGUGAAAAUGAAACAGACGAAUGUCUGAAUGAACUAUGUGAAAAUGGUGGUGUGUGUACGGAUUACUUCAAUAAUUUCACAUGCAAAUGUCAGCCAGGGUUUCAAGGAGAGUUUUGCGAAAUUGAUUUUAAUGAGUGCAGUAGUGAUCCUUGUGCAAACUAUGGUAACUGCUCAGAUAGUGUUAAUGCAUUCCACUGUGCAUGCGCUCCAGGCUAUACAGGAUCCACCUGCAAUGUCAACAUAGAUGAAUGUCAAAGUUUACCAUGUCAAAAUAGUGGAACAUGUACUGAUGUUAUCGAUGGAUACUCUUGCAACUGUACAGCAGGUUUUACUGGUGACUAUUGUCAAACUGACAUAGAUGAGUGUUUGAGUGGCCCAUGCCAGAAUAACGCAACAUGUGUUGACGAAGUUGCUACGUUCACAUGUACUUGUCAGUCAGGAUAUGUUGGAAACUCCUGUGACAUCAAUUACAACGAAUGCCAAUCUGAACCAUGUUUCAAUGGAGCGACGUGUCAAGAUGAGGUCAAUAAGUACUCCUGUAUUUGUCCACCUGGUUUCGAUGGUACCACGUGUUCAGAAAAUGUUGACGAAUGUCAAAGUCUGCCUUGUAUAAAUAAUGGGACUUGCUCUGACAAAAUUGAUAGUUUUGCAUGUUUGUGUGAAGACGGAUACACGGGUACCAUCUGCUCGGAGAAUGUUGACGAAUGUCAGAGUUCACCAUGUCAAAAUAACGGCACUUGUGACGAUGGAGUUAAUGGUUUCCAUUGUCAGUGUUCCAUAGGAUUCGAAGGAAAGCUAUGCCAUGUUGACAUCGACGAGUGUGAGAGUUCUCCGUGCGUAAAUGAUGCCACAUGCAUUGAUCUCGUAGCGACUUUUAUUUGCACAUGCGCAGAAGGAUUUACAGGUGCCCAUUGUGAAGUGAAUAUCAAUGAAUGCGAUAGUUCUCCAUGUAAGAAUCAAGCCACGUGUGUAGAUGAUUUGGAUAUGUAUACUUGUAUCUGUCCAUCGGGUUUUACAGGUGAUCUCUGUGAGAAUGAUCUCGAUGAAUGCGUCAGUAAUCCUUGCAAAUACGGAGCAUGCGUAGAUUUACCUGGACAAUUUGAAUGUAAUUGUAGCGAUUUUUACGUUGGAAAAACGUGCGAAUUUUUGAUAGACGAUGUGUGCUCCAAGCGUCCAUGUGAGAAUGGCAAGUGCCGGUUAGUAGCGGUGGAUGAGUUUGAGUGCCUAUGUGACACUGGUUUCUAUGGUUCUUUCUGCAGUAUAGAUCUAUCUAAGCACCAACAUUUCAUUAACGUCAUCGGUCCUCUGGAGGAUAAAAACAGGUUUGAAACAGGAAUGAACGCCCUUUUUGGAGGAUCUCAGAUGAAGCGCAGCUCUACAGUACAAACCAAGAUAAUUACAACCGAUGAAUAUGAAGAUGUACUUACAAAACAACGUGUGACUCACGUAACAUUCAUCGUCACCUUAUCCGAUAAACUAUUAUUGUCACGUGAGGUUGAAAAUCUUCUUGACUCUUAUUCGGAUGAGGACAUAUCACUAGCCAUCAACCAAAAAGUACACAAUGGUAAAGCCGAACCGGUCUCACAAACUAACGAUGGAAACUCCUUGUUCAGCCAGUGGUAUGUACUACUUGUCGUUGGUGUCAUUCUCAUAUUAAUCGUUCUUUCGGUUACUUACUUGAGGGUUAGGCGUUUUAAAUACCAUCGAGAUUGUAACAAUGACGGGACAAUGAACGUUGUGAACCCGGUUUUUGAUGACGAGCUAAAAAGAGAAGAGAAUGAUUUUUAUGGGAUUCCUCCAUUACAAGAAGUAAAUACAGUCAGUCAACCAGGAACGAUAUUUUAAACGACUAUUCUGAAGCCUAACAGACCUGUUUUGAGAUAAUAACAGUUGCAUACAGGGGCGGAUUUAGGGGGGGGGCGCCCCGGCCCCGGCCCCCACAACGCCUCAAAAGUUAUUUUCGGGCGUCUAGAACACAACAAUUUCGCGGGGGCAUGCCCCCGGACCCCCCUACGAUAUUGUUGUCUCGAUCGGCCCAAAUUUCGGCCCCCCUUUCGGCCCCCCCUUUUGGACAUCUCUGGAUCCGCCCCUAGCAGAUGGUUUUUCGGAGUGCGCGAGUGGCAAAAAUCCUCUUAAAAAUAUGUUUUUACCUAGUUUGAAGUGCGUGUAUAUAUUAUUGUCAAAGUUAAAACAAAAAAGUCACACGGUGUAUUUUCCGUUUAUAUUGAGUUGAGUUUCAUUAAUUACCAUGGUUUUUGAUAAUUGGUUGUGUUAUUUCGCUAAUAG